GGAGAGAGAGAGGCGCUACUGUUGCGCCGGGCCUUCGGCCCCACCGGUGUCACCCCUGUCUCAGAGCUGUCGUCGCCUUCUUCGCCCUCUUCUCUCUUUCCCUCCCUCCCUCCGUCUCUCAGUUCACUCUCUCUGGUUCUCUUCCGGUCUGUGAUUCACACAGCCAGCGAUCGGUAACCAGUACGGGGCGAGGUUCGGAUCGAGCAGCAAUAGCGGCGAAAUGCGGGGGUUAUUGCGGACAUCAAUGGCUGCCGAUAUGGUAAAUUUGGCAACAAGUGAGAAAUUAAAAGAGAUGGAUUGGGCCAAGAAUAUUGAGAUUUGUGAACUUAUUACACACGAUCCAGAGCAAUUGAAAUAUGUCAUCAAGUCAAUAAAAAAACGGUUAAAGAAUAAAAAUGUUAAUACACAAUAUUUCUCUGUUAUGUUGCUGGAAAUGGUAAUGAAUAACUGCAGAGAGCAAGUUCAUAAACAAGUGAUUGAUAAUGAACUUCUGCCAAUUCUAGUAAAGAUUGUGAAGAAAAAGAAGGACCUGCCUGUUCGAGAAAGAAUAUUUCUUCUUCUUGAUGCAACUCAAACAGCCCUUGGUGGAGCCUCUGGAAAAUACCCACAGUACUAUGCUGCAUACUAUGAUCUGGUGUCUUCUGGAGUACAAUUUUCCCACCAACCUCAUGUUACUAUAUCUCAAGAACCUUUUCCAGAAAAGGAAGCAGAAAAUAUUCAUUCUCAAGAACCACAAUUUCAGAAGCACAGAAAUAUCGACAACCAGCUAGCCACUCAGUCCAUACCUGACUCUAGCACAAUACAUAAAGCUUCUAGCGUCUUGGAAGUCCUACGUGAUGUGUUGAAUGCUCUAGAUCCCAAGCUUCCACAGGGCGUGUCUGAUGAAUUUGUAUUGGAUCUGGUGGAACAAUGCUCAUUUCAGAAACAGCGAAUCAUGCAGCUAGUGAUGACCUCACGGGAUGAAAAUUUGGUUACUCAGGCCAUUGAAUUGAAUGAGCAGUUACAUCAGGUAUUAAGUCACCAUGAUAGACUUCUCUCAGUUAAUGCUACAGCAACUCCAACAUGGGAUGUCAAUGGGGAAGGGGAGGAGGAAGAGGAUGCAGAAAGCCUGUGGCGAAGAAUAACAAAAGGAAAAGCUUGCGCGGAGGAUAAUUCAGACGACUCAGUACACGUUUUCAGAUCUAUUCCCAAGGAAAAGAUGAGCCGACCAAUCAUCAGACCACUAUGCAUUGAAUCAUCUGAUCCUGAUGUUAAACCGUGCCCACCAAGCAGCCAUUCAAUUGGUUUAGGAACCGAACAUCAUUCAACUACCAAUUUACCACCACCUCCAUCUCAACACAAAGAGAGGGAGAGCUUCUUCAACGACCAAACCAUGGACAGCUCAGGUCUGGCAGCUCAUGUCAGGGAUCUAUCCUUGCGCAACCAUGAUGGUAAUAGUUCUGGAAGUUGCAGCACUGAUUCUAGUGAAAGGGAUGUAUAUGUUUUUCGUGACUGACAACAAUUAGAAGACUAACUAUAAGCGCCCGCCCCCGCCCCUGAUUCAAUGCUUAUGGCAAAUUUGCAAAUUGUUUCCCCCCUCGUCCAUGCUGACCAUUACAUUCAUUGUAGUUUAUCUUCUCUUGUUUGGGGAGGUGAGUGUUGUAUAUAAUAUGGCAGGAAGAACAAUGGUUAUUUUAUCAGGUUACCAUGUAAUUCUGUGCAUUGUUUUUGUGUGUUAACUGAACCCGGGCCUUGAUGUCCAAAUAGAAUGUUGGGAACAUGUUUCUUUGUGAAUGACUAAUUUUGAUGUGACAGUUGAUGCCUAUUAA